AUGGGCAAGAUGGCAAAAGCUCUCGGACUCGGCGUGAAGGGCAGCCUCAACGUGGCGCUCGACCGCUCGCACUACCUCGCCGGCGACGUGCUGCACGGCAGCGUCGUGCUUAGCGUCACCGAGCCGCUCGACUUCACCUCGCUGGUGCUGCGCAUCCGCGGCAAGGAGCUGCUCACGUGGACUGAGGGCGGCGGCCAAGCUGCAGCCGUGUACCUGCGGGAACACCUGCAUCUGGACGAAGAGAUCGUGCUCAGCGCCGACCAGCAGUCGUGCCAGCCCGGCGAGUACGUUUACCCGAUCUGCGUCCAACUGGCCGACACGCUGCCCAACUCGUUCCACAUCUCGGGGCGCGACGCCGGCGUCAUGUGCCGCAUCGACGCGUCGCUGAGCUACUCGGCCACCGCCGUCAUGACGGUCAAGGGCAAGUUCUCGGCCGACAUGGAGGCCAAGAAGCCCUUCGUGGUGCAGCAGCCGCCGAUCGGUCAGCCCGUCCGCUCGUUGGAGAAGUCGGCGUCGGCCGAGGUUCACAUGCUGCGGCUCAUGAAGAAGGGCACGUGCUCCGUGUCCGCGCAGCUGCCCAGCAACGUCCACGUCGCGGGGGACACGCUGCUGGCGCAGACGACUGUCCGCAACGACACCUCGAAGGACAUGAACAAACUGUCCAUGAUGCUCUAUGAGGACGUGACGGUGGACUUGGGCACGUCCAACCAGAAGUCGGAAGGGUCCAUGUGCGUCAGCCGACAGGACUUCCCCGGUGUCCAGGCCGGCAAGACGCUCGAACAGGUGCUGGACUUGCCGCUCGUGACCAAAACGUCCCCCUCGCGGCCGGUGUCGGCGGCGAUCGAGUCGCACUUCUUGUCCACCAAGUACCGCCUGGUCAUCAAGUGCCAAUUCCGACUCUGUCGCAGCGUCUCCGUGGACUUCCCGGUGGAAAUCUUGCGGAAGCUGGUGCUGCAGUCUUCCUACGCGCCGACGGCCGCUGUCAUGCCGGCAGUCGCUACUACGGUCGCGGCAGCUGCUGCGUCGCCGUCCGAUGUGGACGUGGAGGUGAUGCAGGCGGUGGCUGUCGCUGCUGCGCCCAGGAGAAAGUCGGCGAGUGACGGAAGGAGCUCGAGGAGUUCGCGGAGCUCCAUGAACUCGGUCCGGUCGCCCACGAGCCUUGACUAGAUCGUUCGUUGUGGUGGCGUAUCUGCUCGAUGGAAGGAAUCAUUAUAUAUUAGGGACGAGGCGAGGUGCCAACGUGGAGCACCGAGCCCAACUGGCAAUGGCGCGAUGUAGUGUAGCAGUAAACCGGUGGGUAAUGCAGCCGCGCGCGAAGGCGUGGCUUUUGAACUGCAACGAUCGCAGAGCGACGCUCAGCUUUGCCACGCGCGAGUUGCGUUCAUCUUCAGUGAAAUGGCAACGCGUUGCAUUAGU